ACGGUAUGAGUGGAAAAGAAGCAGAGGGGGAGGAGGGGGUCUCACAGGCAAGGAGGAGGGAGACGCAGACAGACACACGCAGCCGGCCCACUGGUGUACUCAUCCCGGUCGGAUCCACGGACACCGGUCAAAUCUGGCAGGAGCAUCCCGGAGUAGAAGGAAGGAAGGAGGGAAGGAGGGAAGGAGGGAGGACGCGUCCACGCACCUCAGUGCGCCCGCCCGUGGAAAGUGUCGCGCGUCCGUGGACAGUUGGAAGUUGAGAGAGUGAGUGGAGUACAUAUCGCGCCACGAGUUCUUCAUCACAGUAAGUAACGCCGCUCACAAGGAGGCGAAUGGACCUCCACCGCCCCUUCAAGAUGGACAGCUCUUCCUACAUGCCAGCUCCCCUCGCUUCCCCCGCGCUCAUGGUCCUCGCCUCCACCGCCGAGGCUGGCCGAGAUGCCUCCGUCCCCUGCCAGGCGCCCAGGCCCUUCGGGGUCCCCGCUUCGGUGGAGAAAGACCUCCACCUGCCCUUCCCCUCGGCAUCCUACACCUUCGCCUCCAUGUACCAGCGCCAGGGCCCAGUGUCCGGUGCCUUUCCUGGCCGAGAAUUCCCGUCCUCCCUCGUCCACCUGCACCCUCAGUUCACCCCACCGAACUUGGACUGCUCCACCCUGGGCAUUCUCCACCACAGCGGGGUCGGCGGCGCCUUCCGGCCUUUCUCCUCCCCGCAUGACGAGAGGGAGCCGAUCGGGUACCACUCGGCCUUCACGCCUGCCAAGAGGCUGAAAAGUUGUUUCUCGGAAGUGGAGUGCAAGGAGUUUGACUUUGGCCCCCCCGGAGGCACCAUUAAAGCUGCAGAAGACUCGGCAAGGAAGCUGUUCUCCAUGUCUGGCCUGCUUUCUGAUGGUGAGGCUUCAUCCAGCCCGGAGGAGCGCAGGGAGCACACAGUCCGGAUGCCCUGUGGCACCAUGUUUCCUCUCACAGGUGGCAAGGUGAAGGUGCUGUACGAUGCCGGGGCUCCAGUGUGUCCAGUGUGUCAGAGCGUUCUGCGACCAGGGGAGCUGAAAGAGCACAUGGAGCAGGAAUUAGCCAAACUUAGUCAGAUUCAAAUCAGCGUCACUUCGAUGCAGCACGACCACCUCAUGAGGACGCCAAAGUCUCUUUCAUUUUCUCUGCACAUCAAACGCGAAGGAGCGUCUCCAGCCUCACCCCCUCAAUUGGCUGACGACAUCCACUCUGACCGAUAUCAGACAUUUCUGCGUGUGCGGGCCAAUAGACACACAAGACUAAACGUCGACGACCUCUGCUGGUGCAGGUGCUAUGUCAAAUCGGCCCCAUUACGCUCCCACAGCGCAGGAGCCCAACUAGACUGCACACAAGCUGUCAGGAUCAACAAACUGAAGCGGAGGAAACCAGAGGAUGGUCAGGAGGUCCCUGCAGACACGACACCAUCAGAGGAUGAGUGGAACGAAAGGAGGAAGAUACAGAUGAUGUCGCUAGUUGGAAGGUUCAAAGGUUCAAUGUUGGUGAGCAGCACGUCUAAAGAGGGUCGGGACAGCGACGCAGACCUCGACGUUGAUGGAGACGACACCUUAGAGUACGGCCGAGCCCAAUACACAGAGACUGAUGUGAUCAUGUGUUCUGGGGAAAACGUCAAGGAGACGACAGCUAACAGUGUCGGUGCACUGCCUGACUCUGGAGUCCACCGAGAAAUUUCCAAAUUGUCAAAUGAAGAGAGUCCGUCCACCAGCAGUGGUGAUAAAGUGGAUGCAAGCACACCUGUCCUCCCAAAAACCUGCAAAAACACCGGCGUAGACAUGUUCUCAGAAGAUUCUGUGCGGACAUCUCUGGAUGCUCUUAAAGCUCGGAUAAGAGAUUUGGAGAAACAGUUGUGUAAAGGAGACAGAUUUAAAUGCCUCAUCUGCAUGGACACUUACUCCACCCCGCUUACUUCCAUCCAGUGCUGGCACGUUCACUGUGAGGAAUGUUGGCUCAGAACGCUAGGAGCAAAGAAGCUGUGUCCUCAGUGCAACACCAUCACCUCGCCCGGCGACCUGAGGAGGGUCUAUCUGUGACGGGCGCAGGCCCGUCAUAAGGGGUGGACUUGUGAGCAGCUGGCCUGACUCCCACCCGCUUCCCAAUUUCACCCUACAUUGGACCUACUUUUUAGUCAGUGCAUUCACUCAAAAAAACCUCCUGAACAGGUCCAAAGCGACAUUUUAACAUGAACUAUUUCAAAUUCCUGUAACUUGUUUGGUGGAAAGACCUGGAAAAACAAACUUUGGGACAAUAUUUAUCAAUUUUAUAACCCCUCUUUUCGGUUUUCUCGCAAAGCACAUGUAUAUAAUUUUUGUGUUUGGAUUGCUGUUUGUAUAUGAUGCUGUUGAGAACAACCUGGCUGUAUUUACUGUAUAGAGUUUGUCUUAUUGUUUGUCUAGCUCCUUCUCUUCUUCUCAUACAGCUUCCUCACUUUUUGUCUUCAUCAAUGUUACUAUAAUAAAAGUUGUGACCAAAAGGCGCUUCAGAGUGCAUUAUGAGGGGUCAAGCUGUGAUGUGUCUACCUUAAGAAGUGGGUCGCUGCAGGAUUAGC